AUGACCUGGAUGAACAGACAAAAUCUAACAGUGUUAACAGAAUUCAUCCUAAUGGGAAUCACCGACCAUCCUGAGCUGCAGGCUCUCUUCUUUGGGCUUUUCCUCAUCAUCUACACAGUUUCAGUGGUGGGCAACCUGGGCAUGAUCAUCCUCACCAAGGUGGACUCCAGGCUCCAAACACCCAUGUACUUCUUCCUCAGACACCUGGCUUUCAUUGAUCUUGGCUACUCAUCAGCUGUGGCACCCAAAAUGUUAGUAAAUUUUGUAGCUGAUCAAAAUACCAUCCCCUAUAACUGGUGCGCUACCCAGCUGGCUUUCUUCAUCUUGUUCAUCAUCAGUGAGCUGUUCAUUCUGUCAGCAAUGGCCUAUGACCGCUAUGUGGCCAUCUGUAACCCUCUGCUCUACACCGUUGUUAUGUCACAAAGGGCGUGCUGGGUGCUAGUAGCAAUCCCUUAUGUCUACAGUUCCUGUCUCUCUCUGAUAAUCACCAUCAAGAUUUUUAUGGCAUCCUUCUGUGGACAUAAUGUCAUUAGACAUUUUUACUGUGACAAUCUUCCUUUGUUAACUUUGCUGUGUUCAAGCACACGUGACAUUGAGUUGAUAAUACUGAUCUUUUCAGCAUUUAAUUUGAUUUCCUCCCUUCUCAUAGUGCUUGUGUCCUACAUCCUCAUCCUUAUGGCCAUCCUGAGGAUGAACUCCACAGAGGGCAGGCACAAGGCCUUCUCCACCUGUGGAUCCCACCUGACGGUGGUUGUUGUAUUGUAUGUCACUCUCUUCUUCAUGUACGUGCAGCCCAAAUCCAGUCAUUCCUUUGAUACUGAUAAAAUUGCCUCUAUAUUUUACACUUUGAUAAUCCCUAUGCUGAAUCCCAUGAUCUACAGCCUAAGGAACAAAGAGGUAAAAGAUGCCCUGCAUAGAAUAUGGAAAAACCUGCAUAAACCACCUAUGUAG